AUGGGGGCGGCGGAGCCGCUGCGCUCGGUGCUCUGGGUGAAGCAGCAGCGCUGCGCCGUGAGCCUGGACCCCGCGCGGGCGCUGCUGCGCUGGUGGCGGAGCCCCGGGCCCGGAGCCGGGGACCCGGGCGCGGAUGCCUGCGCUGUGCCUAUUUCCGAGAUUAUCACUGUUGAGGAAACGGACAUUAACGGGAAGCAGUACACCAGCGGAAAAUGGCAGAAAAUGGAGAAGCCGUACGCUUUCACAGUGCACCGUGUUCGGAGGGCCCGGCGGCACCGCUGGCGGUGGGCGCAGGUGACGUUCUGGUGCCCAGAGGAGCAGCUGUACCACCUGUGGCUGCAGACCCUGCGGGAGCUGCUGGAGACGCUGACAUCUCGGCCGAAGCACUUGCUGGUGUUCAUCAACCCGCUCGGAGGGAAAGGACAGGGCAAGCGGAUCUAUGAGAAGAAAGUGGCCCCGCUAUUCACACUGGCCUCCAUCACCACCGAGAUCGUUGUAACUGAACGUGCCAAUCAUGCCAAGGAGAGUCUGUAUGAGCUUGACAUCGACAAGUACGACGGCAUCGUGUGUGUGGGCGGAGAUGGCAUGUUCAGUGAGGUCCUGCACGGCCUGGUAGGCAGGACGCAGAGGGACGCCGGUGUGGACCAGAACCAGCCCCGGGCCACGCUGGUGCCCAGCCCACUGCGCAUCGGCAUCAUCCCCGCGGGGUCGACAGACUGCGUGUGCUACUCGACCGUGGGCACAAACGACGCGGAGACCUCGGCCCUGCACAUCAUCGUGGGGGACUCGCUGUCCAUGGACGUGUCGGCCGUGCACCACAACAGCACGCUCCUGCGGUAUUCAGUGUCCCUGCUGGGCUACGGCUUCUACGGGGACAUCAUCAAGGACAGCGAGAAGAAGCGGUGGAUGGGCCUCGCCAGAUACGACUUCUCAGGGUUGAAGACCUUCUUCUCUCAUCACUGCUACGAAGGCACAGUGUCCUUCCUGCCAGCUCAGCACACAGUGGGCUCCCCAAGGGACCGGAAACCCUGCCGGGCGGGGUGUCCCGUGUGCAGACAGAGCAGGCAGCGGCUGGAGGAGGAGCAGCAGCGGUCGCGGUACGGCCUGGACGGCACGGAGGAGGUGGAGGAGUGGAAGGUCCUCUGCGGGCAGUUCCUGGCCAUCAACGCCGCCAACAUGUCCUGCGCUUGUCCCCGGAGCCCCCAGGGCCUCUCCCCGGCCGCCCACCUCGGGGACGGCUCCUCCGACCUCAUCCUCAUCCGGAAGUGCUCCCGGUUCAACUUCCUGCGCUUUCUGGUCAGGCACACCAACCAGGGCGAUCAGUUCGACUUCACCUUCGUGGAAGUCUAUCGCGUCAAGAAGUUCCAGUUUGUGUCGAAGCCCGCGGAAGACGAGGACAGCAGUGUGCUGGGCCGCGGGAAGAAGCGGCUGGGACAGCUGUGCAGCGAGCACCCUACCUCCUGUUGCUGCCGCGCCUCCAGCAGCAGCUGGAACUGCGACGGGGAGGUGCUCAGCAGCCCAGCCAUCGAGGUCAGGGUCCACUGCCAGCUGGUCCGGCUCUUCGCACGAGGAAUCGAAGAAAGCCCCAAGCAGGAGUCCCGCGGCUGAGCGCCGGCCGUGGGAACCGUGUCUUAGACAAUGACGACAGACCAAUUAUGUUGUGAUACAUUCAAAUUUAGAAAUUUAUUUUUGAUAGUUGAAUAUUGAUUUUAGAAAAAAUAACGUUUUUGUCAGCAAUUUUCGUGGACGAAUUUGGUAUUUUUGGUUCUGUGUGCGUCUGUGGGCUGCAUCUCAUCUGUCUCAGCCCCUGCAGGUGGCCCAUGCCAGCUGGGGAGCCAGCCCCUUAGAUUGCAGCCGCGCUGAUGGCCCGCCCGUGGCUCUAACGCAGCAACUCAGGGGCGGCACGCCCAUGGGGCCCCUGGGCUGCUCGGCAGGACCUGCCCUGCGGCGCUGGCGGUCAGCGCCUGCUGAGUAGCGGUUUGCUUUGUAGCACUUGCCUCUUCCCUCGCAAUUAGAGCAGCGCGUCUGGACGCUUGCUGUCUCCCGCAUCUACAAGGCAACGAUGUCCUAGUCUGCCUGGGGCAUCUACAAGGCAACAUCCUCGUCCGCCUCCGGGGCAGCCUGGUCCAGCGAGCAGGAGGGACUCCGCAGGUUGCACUCCCGUCACAGCAGCGCUUCUAGACAACCCGGCGGGAGGACAGGUCAGGCGGCUCGGAAACCGGCCGCUCGUGGUGCCCUGGCGAGUGUCUCAGCGCUUAGACGCCCCGAGCGCUCUCCCCACGGCGGGGGCUGUCGUGCCUGGGCUUGGUGGCCCGGGCUCGGUGAGGAGACGGGAAGCAGCCCAUGAACUUCAGACCAAGAGCCCCACUGUCCCGGGGUGCCCUUCCCGCAGCCCCGAGUCUGUACACGUGAUCCAGGUCCAUGCCUUUGUUGUCUACACACUUCCUUCCAUGUAUUUAUCGCAAGGUUCGUCCUGUAAACCGGAAGAGCAUGAACAGUGUCCUCGCUGGCCGUGUUUUCAUUUGUGCGCUGUGCAAGUGCGGGCCCCACCCCGGGCCGGGGGGCGCCUGGCCCGGCCCGGUUUCGUGCCUGUGCUUCUCUGCGUGGACAGCGCGUCUGCAGCAGCUUUAUCUGAGACCUAAGAGGGUGCCGCCCCCACCUGGGCUUGCGAAAAGGGAGCUCGACUGUUACAGGAGGCGGUCUGAGGGCCGCCGGCCACCAUACAGGGUCCGGCGGUCACCCUCGCGUCUAACAGAUGUCCUUCAUUCUCAGAACUCGUACGUGUGGCACGUCCUGUCUCACUCUCACCCAGGGCAGCUUCGACGGGUUUUUUCAGGAGACCGUGUUCCUAAAGGGUCCCCAAGAGGGUCUCCACAGUCUUGAUCGUCCCUGGGAAAUGUCAAUCACUAGUCUGCCCCCAAACCCACUGCUGUUUCUAGAAAAAGAGUCUAGGCCAAGAGUAAGCAUGUUCUGUUCAAGAAGGAGCCCCCCACCCCACCCCUGUAACGCCACGUGGCUCCCCAGUGGCCUUGGCCAUGUUCACCAACCGCUUGCUGACCUUCAAAACCGCAGAUUCUGGAACUGUCCCUGGGGGUCCUGUGACUGCCUGAGCCCCCACCCCCACCCCCACCCCAGGAGCUGCGGACGACCCCACCCCGGGACCAGAGGACCCUUCCGACCUUCCCACGAGCCAGGACUCUGGUGGCGCGACCACAGCCUAAACUCCAGGAUUUUAAGGAAAAAUCGGAACUGAUGGCUGGACAGGGAGGCCCCGGGGUUGCUGAGAAGCGCUGGCCCGCUUGUGGCCCUGUGCUCGGUGGUGCCGCGGUUCCCCUCUUCCUGGUCAUGCAGAGGCCAGGGCGGCCGGGGUGCCAGGCCCUCGGCGCCAGCUGACUCUGCCCUCACGGCGGCCCCGCGGAACUGGGGUGGCAACGGAAAGUGGCUUAACUUCCUUUCUAACCUUGCUGGCUUCAAGGUUAGAAAACAGUGAAUU